UUCUUCCCUCUCCACCACUAUUCUUCUCCUCAAUUUUGGCUGUUCCUUAACGUGCAUCCAUCUACAAGCAUCACCAGCAUACUCAGCUUGACAAGGCAAUUAAUUCGAUACCCACAUCACGUAUCCGCCCCCUCCUCUUCCCAUAAUUGCCUAUAUGGACAUAGUUAUUUCCCAAAGGAGGGGGACCCAAUACUUUUGCAAAGCACCAAGAAGAGAAGCUAGAAGAAUUCUGCGUGAGAAGGUCAGGCACAUGCAGAGCGAGGCGCAGGCUUUGGGCACAGCAAUGAACCAGUUGUAUGCUUCAUCAGCUGUCUAUACUGGGGAUGAGGCUGAUGUGUAUCGGUCUGGACCAAGAGAGCAGAAGGACCCGUAUUGAUUCCAUGGCCCCUCCACGUAUCCUGGAAGGCGCACUUCACAUGUCUGGUUUGGC